UGCGACGUGUGUACAAAUAAACCCAGAAUUUCCUGUCUUUUUUUAAACUGAAAGGAUAGAAAGAAGUGAAACAUGUAAAUCACUUAGACAGCCUCAUUAUGGAUAAACACCAGGAGGCACUGAUCAUUGCUCGGGAGGAGGAAGUAAUGAGGCAUGGUAAUGUUCUGUAUGGACUGGUCAAACCACUCAGGGAGGGGAGAGAACUCCUGCUGGAAUCCUCUGCAGCUAUGGUCAAUGUUCUACCGAGAAAAAGGAUUUACAGAAUAGGUGGAAGUGACGAACUAGAAACCUUCCGCGCUGAACUAUUAAAGCGUCCUCUAGUUGUUCAGCCCAUUGUUUUGGCAGGAUCUGGCUUUCAGUCGAUCAACUGCUUCUUCUCUGUCCAGAGAGAGAAAUGGACUGUCAUGAUUAACCAGACCCACCCUAAGAUCCUGGGCCGACUUCUGAUGGGGAUCGAUGCCGCCAAACGGAUCAUGAGGCGAGGGGAACCUUUUGUACUAGAGUUCAUGUUUAGUGAUAUUGUACGUCGGUUAUACUAUGACGUAGUAAGGGGCGGUACCAGUUCUAAAUAUAAGUACACAGACUGUGAAUUUGGAGACUUGGUGAUCCGUUACCCAGGGGAUUUCAGACAUCAAGGAAUCAAGUGGGAGAUGAAGGCUUCCCGAAUGCGUUUUUCGUUUGAUGACAUCACUUCUUCAGAAAUUCGAAUUCGAGAUUAUGAAGAAGCAAAUCGUGAGACUCGGGACACACGUAUUAUAGUGUUACCCCGGGAUGAAUUACAAGUUCUUUUACCUGGAUGGACAUUUGAGGAAGAAAUUGCGGAGGAAAAACCUUACAACUAUGAAAAUUAUCAAAUAUGUGAGGAACAAAAUCAUGCUCCAAUCUCUGCACCACGUGAUACGUCACGAGAACAAACGGGGAGAAUCAGGGGUCGUGCUAAUCGGAACACAACCGCUAAAAAAUAUGAAGUGUCGGUAGAGCUACAUGCUCCAACAUCUAACGAAAUGACUCAAGAGACUAGCUUUGUUUCACAUGAUUAUAAAGGAGUGGCAGCAUCUUCUGAACCUCGAGGGCCUUACAACGGAAGUAGAUUUGUGCACAGAUAUCAGGGAAGCGGAAGUGGGCGUUCGGAAUCUUCUAAAGCAGAUAGUGGUUAUGAGGGUGAGAUUGACAAUGGCGGAUUUGAAGUUCAAAGAAACGGUAGAGGAAAUAAAAAUUCUCACCCCAGGAAAUUUUACACCCCGGAAAAUGACAAUCGAGUGCCAUAUGACAAUCCUGCAUUUGCGCAUGAUCAUGACAUUCAUCCCUCCUACGAUGGCUACUCAAAAGGUAGUAUUGAGGGGUCACACAAAUACCGGACAGAUAGAUAUAACGAGUCCUAUCAUAACCAAAGGUCUCCCAAAAACAUUGUGUCACAUGAUCAUGACGUCAUUACAGGUGCGCGACAAUUUCAGACGAUAGAACAACUAGACGCCAGAAUGACUCUUAACCAGGAAUACGCAAUUUCGCAAUCGAGUGUUAUUUAAUACAUGUUAAUAAGCGCUUUCUAUUUUAAACCAACACAAUGUGUUGAUGAUUGUUGAUCUACAAAGUUACAUAAUAUACGUAUUUCUAUAUUGUAUUGAUAUUCAAAGUGAUAAUUACAGUUUGUAUCGGGUACAUAACAGACUCUGGAUGGGGUUAUUGUAUACACUGUACUAUUUUUAGUUUGUUGACUUAUUUAUUUUUAUUGGUAGUAAUAUACAUGCGAAAUUUUGUAUAAAAGUGUCAUUAUAUGUAGACUAGUAAGCCUUUUUCAAAUAUACAUAUCGCAUGGGUAAUUUCUUCUUUACUUUUCAUUAUCAAUAUUAAUACUGUAUGUUCUGUUAUGUUUGAAACUCUUACACAGUGUCAUAGCUGCAGAACUGUAGCUCUCCGCUUGAGAAAAUUUGGACAGACACCCCCCCUCUCUGCUUUAUCUGUCCGAAUUUUCUCAAGCAGAAAACUACAGUUCUGGCGCUAACAGUAUCAUUGUAUAAUAUAGCCCAGUGUUUGGCUAGUGAAUCAAGGAUGAUGAGACAAAUAUCCCGAUCUACUGGCCCAACUGAUAUUACAGAAUUCAAUAAUCCAUAGUCAACCACCGUAAUCUCAUUUCAAAUUUAAUAUUUUUAGUGAUUAUUUAAAAAGAAAUUAUAGAAAUAUUUUUUUAUUGUUAUAAAGAAAUCAAGUGUCCUUGCCCCCAAAUAUCAGCGUUUAAAAAAUUGUACAGCUGCUUUUAUGGUAUUUCUAAAUGAAUUCAUUUAUAUUGAAUAUAAUCUAUUUGACUUACGUAAUUUAUGAAAGGAAAUACAUGUAUAGUUUAUUAUAGUUACAUGUAGA